AUGAUACGAUUGAACACAAGCUUAAACAGAAACUUGUUUUUGAACGGAAGCUUGUCCCUCAACCGGUUCAAGUCCAAGACCAGUUUCCGUAAUGAGGAAACAAAUGUCAAUAGCGAUGAUGUAUGGACCGAGAAUAAUCCGUGGUCACCGUCAUUAUAUACUGACGUUGUUAAGGUGGUUAAACCUGGCACAUUGAUGACCAAACAAACACUCCCAGUCCAAUAUCGAUUACUGUAUCAACCGUUAUAUGAGGCCCCCUCUGCCAAAUACGUGGCCAUGUUAAAACGGUUAACUCUUUCCUUUACUGUAUUGGGAAUGUACGGAGCUAAGAUUAUCUGGGAUACUCCAAUGUUUGACGACGUAUAUGCUGGAGCUAUUUUGAUAACUACCAGUAUACCUGCUAUGUUUGUGCAAUACAAGACUAGAGAUUACGUUACCAGAAUAUGGAGAUUGUACAAUAAGAAUAAGCCUCAACUGUUGGAGAAUCUUAUAGGAGAUGAAAAGUUGAUCAUGGAGAAGUUAAACUUUACUGGAGGAAGUACGUACAAUGAGUUGCUUCCCAUAACUAAUAACAAAUCCUUGCAAUUGGCACCAAAAUCAAAGUACCCUUCAUUAACGUCGUACACAUCGUGGGAAUCGGUAGACGAAGAAUCCAAGUUCAAAUCGUAUUUUUAUAUUGUUGAUGAUAUUGGCGGUAUGAAGAUGGAUAGAUUGUGGGGGAUAGUAGAACAUAAUUCUGGUGUUGAUAAUGGAAGGUAUAUGGAACAAAGCAGUCAACAGUGA